UCAUGUUCCCGUGCGCGGGCAGAGGCUCAGAAGCUAGCCGAUAGCUAGCUAGCAAUUUAUCACAAAAUGCAUAUGUUUUCGCUAGCCGAGAGAAUGCCCUAGGAUCCAAAUAAAUGUACAAGUGAAAUGACAAGGUUUGUUGGGGAUAUUAGGAAAACCACAGGACAAUUUUCCAUUUUAAUGACCCGCAAACCCCAAUUUUUUUUUCCGGCCCCCGGAGCCACAGCGCUCGAACAAGAGAGCAUCCGAGCACCGUUUGCGGAUGUGAAGAAGGGACCUAAUGCUAUUUGGGGGAGUAACCGUUAGCUAACCUACGGCAGACUGGCGUUUAUCUGAAAUACUAGCGGGCUUGACUGGACGCUCCAGAUACCACUUGAAGGCCGUAAAUUACGUGAAAGACGUUCUGAGUAUGAUCUCCACACAGUCGUUCUCAUCUGCACAUCGUUGAAUCUUCCACCAAAGCCCCUUCACCAAGCACCCUCGCCAGUUCUUCAGCGCCACUUGCUAUAAUGGAUUGGGCCACACCGGCUGCCAAACUGAAUCCCUACACCCGAGCCCGCAUGUCGGAGGCCUGGCAGCAGCAUGCGGUCGCUCCACCUCCAGUCGUCCACACCAUCCCUCCGGGGGCUGAGAGCGCGCUGGGCUGCGCAGUGUACGGCAUCGUGCUGCAGCCAGACGCCACGUCUUUGCAGCAGCAGCAGGCCCAGCACGGCCAACACAGCCAGCAACACGGCGGGACUCAGCAGCACGGAGGCGGGCCGCACGGUCAGCAGCAGCACCCCGCCCAGGCCCAGCAGACCUCCCUGCAGGUAGGGACAGAGGGAGGACACAAGUGCGCGGCCUGUGGACACGACAUCUCCCACCUGGCCAACCCGCACGAGCACCAGUGCAUGGUGAAUCAGGACCGGUCGUUCCAGUGCACCCAGUGCAUGAAGAUUUUCCACCAGGCGACGGACCUGCUGGAGCACCAGUGUGUCCAGGUGGAGCAGAAGCCGUUCGUGUGCGGAGUGUGCAAGAUGGGCUUUUCCCUGCUAACCUCUUUAGCUCAGCACCACACGUCCCACAACAGCACCAACCCGAUGAAGUGUUCGAUAUGCGAGAAGACCUACCGACCUGGCUCCUCCGGCAACGUCACACCCAACUCGACUAACGCCCAGCAGCCCAGCAGUGACGGGGCCUCGGCGAGCAGCAGCUCCUCCAUCCUGCCCUUCCCCUCGGCGCGGGACCGGCCGUACAAAUGCUCCAUUUGCCAGAAGGGCUUCAAGCACCUGUCCGAACUCACGCGGCAUGAGCGGGUGCACACGGGGGAGAAGCCCUUCAAGUGCGACACAUGCGACAAGGCCUUCAGCCAGUCGUCCCACCUGCAGCACCACCAGCGGACGCACAGCAGCGAGCGCCCGUUCAAGUGUGCCGUCUGCGAGAAGAGCUUCAAGCACCGCUCCCACUUGGUGCGCCACAUGUACGUGCACUCUGGCGAGCACCUGUUCAAAUGCAACCUGUGCGAGCUGCACUUCAAGGAGUCCUCCGAGCUCCUCCACCACCCCUGCCACCCGCAGGGUUCCCGGCCGUUCCGCUGCGCCGCGUGCGGUAAGGGUUUCAAGCGGCCGUCAGACCUCCGGCAGCACGAGCGCACGCACUCGGAGGAGCGGCCCUUCCACUGCGAUGAGUGCCAGAUGAGCUUCAAGCAGCAGUAUGCGCUGGUGCGCCACCGACGCACGCACAAAGACCCAACCGACAGGCCAUUCAAAUGCAAUCUGUGCGACAAGGGCUUCAUGCAGCCCUCUCACCUCCUCUACCACCAGCACGUCCACGGCAUGGACAACCUGUUCAAGUGCGCCUCGUGCCAGAAGGAGUUCAGCCAGUCGGGGGAGCUGCUCAGACACAAGUGCGGCGAGUCGUCCAACUCCUCGCCGGACAAGCCGUACAAGUGCGACGUCUGCGGCAAGGGCUACAAGAAGAGCUCGACGUUGCAGCGCCACCAAAACUCCCACUGCCAAGAGAAGCCCCUCAAGUGCUCGCUGUGCGACCGCCGCUUCCUGUCCUCGUCGGAAUUUGUCCAGCACCGCUGCGACCCGUCGCGGGAAAAGCCGCUGAAGUGCCCAGAAUGUGAGAAGCGUUUCAAAUACUCGUCGGACCUGAACCGGCACCGGCGCGUGCACACGGGGGAGAAGCCGUACAAGUGCGAGCACUGCAACAAGGACUUCAAACAGCGCGAGCACCUGAUCAAACACCAGAGCACUCACUCCAGAGAGGGCCAGUUCAAGUGCGUUUGGUGCGGCGAGCGUUUCAGUGACUUGGGCUCUUUGCAGGAUCACACGGUGCAGCACACAGCCGAGGGAGGGGGUUACCCGGUGCCACAGUGCUUAUAAAUCCUUCAAGACUUUUGAACAGACAGUCCCCUAAGCUCCUGUCCUCUUGUCCAUCCCUUGUAGGCGUAUUAUUCAGCCUAACUUUUUCCACAUUUGCAGGACAGCCCAGGCUUUUAUGGUUCACUCCCACCCGGUAUACGUCAAGUUUUUGUCGCUUUACCAACCUGCCCAAAGCCCUUUAGUACUGUGUCAUUCCAUAGGAUCCUGAGCUGCACUUUCCUUUUGGUUCCACCUCUUCUGCUUCUCAUACCCCCCCCAUUUUUUUUUCUUUUUCUUGCCGACGACCAGACAGUUGAUGGCAGUGAAGAGGCCACAACCGCUGAAGCGCCAUCGGUCAUUCUUAAUGAGACUUUUGCAGACAGAAACAGGUGCCACGAUGCAGGUCGAUCCAGCUAAUCCCCUCCUUAUUUCCUCCCUUCAUUUUUCUGAUAUGACACCGUCAUAGUUUUUGUUUUAUUUUUUUUAAUAGUAGCGCUAAGUAUGUUUUUAAAGGUGUGCUGAAUGAAUCAAUAGAGUCGAGCAUCCAUCUGAACUGACUUGUGUUUACU